ACCGCAGUUCGGUUUCCGCGUAAACAAAGUAGACCCAGAGACAGAUGAGUAGGCCCCAGUUAGAUUAAUUAGCCCUGGCAGUUUUUUUUUUCAAUGCCUUGGCAGCAGAGGUAAAAUUAACUCAGAGAUAUAAGGUUAAUCAAUACAUUUUCAAAUUCAAACAGCUGGCAAAUGACAAAUGGCGUAAACCAGUGCGUAAACAAUGCAAAUAAUAGGCAUAUUGAUCAUUAAAUUUCCUAUUUUAAACCAUGUUAAAUAGACAAUAAAUUAUUUAAUGCCUUAAGAGACAAAGCAAGUUACGAAGUGCAAAGUUACGGGAAAACUGGAGAUCAGGAUUCUACGUAAAGAGAUGUUUAAAAACUGCUUUUGGGGUAUUAAUAAAGAAAUUUUAAAUACAGAGUGUGGACAGGUCUAACUUUUUGUUCUUCUAGUAAGGUUCUGUGUCUUCAAGAGCAAUUAAGUAAAGAACUGUAAACCGGAGUGUAAAACGUAAUAUGCAAUUAUAUUUUCAAUUUUAGUAAACUAAAUUAUUACAUUUUUAUCAUCACACUUUAGGAAUGCUUAGUGACAGUGCUUCAAUAAAAAAGUUUUUUUAUAUAAAUACCAAAUCUCUAGUCUUGGAGGGUCUUAGGAGCACAAAAUGGAUGAACAAGAAAGCAUUACCCAAAGAACAGUAUCAGCCAGCUUAUGUAGAGCAUAUAGCAAAUAUUAUAACUCAUGCAAUUUGGAUAUUCCCUAGCAUCUUGGGGGCUGCUGAACUUUAUCAGAGAUCUCAAAAUAAUGCUCAAGUGGCGUCAGCUUUUGUUUAUGGUUUAACUUUAAUAUCCUUGUUCUUUAUUUCAACAUCCUUUCAUUCGGUAUUUUAUUGUAAUAGUUACAGAUACUUAAAAGAUGUGCUACAUCGUUGCGAUAGAGCUAUGAUUUAUAUUUUUAUAGCUGGUUCAUAUUUCCCCUGGUUAACCAUUGAACAACUUCCAUUGGAGGGUUGGUCUUUACAUAUGAGAUGGGUGGUUUGGCUUAUGGCUUUAUUAGGUAUCGCAUAUCAACAAAUCUUCCAUGAAAAGUACAAAAAACUUGAAGUUCUAUUUUAUUUAAUUAUGGGUGUUUGCCCAGUACUUCCUAUAAUUUCUGAGCAUUAUUUUUUGGGUAUGAUGGAGCUAACAAUUGGUGGAAUUCUCUAUGUAACAGGGGUAAUAUUUUUUAAAUGCGAUGGUGUCAUUCCAUUUGCUCAUGCUAUUUGGCAUCUAUUUGUAGCUACUGCGGCAUAUUUUCAUUAUUAUGCCAUUUUAAAUUAUCUGUAUCCAAUUGUAAAUGUAGGACAUGAGUCUCAUUCUUAGACAUUAUUCUUCUAACUCAUCUGUGAUUUGUCUUUGAAUUGUUAUUCUAGCUUUAAAUAUAUUCUUAUUUCAAAUUGUUUAUUACAAUCUCUUUAAAGCAGAUUAAGAGAUUUUUCUAGUUUUAAGUUAAUUAAAAUACUCAAAUAGGCUGAAGUAUGCUCGAAAUAAUUGAUCUGUUUUAUUUUUUUUAGAUAUUCAUUUUUAAGAUUAAUUUUACAAACAGUGCCAAUAAUAUAAAAUAUACCUAUUAUGUUCAACCUAUUUUUUUUUAUGUGUUGAAAUAUUAUAGGGAAAAUUGAUAUUAUAAUGUUGUGAUUUUUAUUAUUUAUACCUUUUAAAUAUAUGAAGUAUUUUACAUAUACAGGGUGCUACAAAUUCGAGGUACGAGCAUUGGUAUCUCGGUAACCGUAAUAGAUACGAAG